AAUGAAGCCAUUAGCCAAAAGGCUCACAGUAACCUCUUAACCACGAAUACUAGGUGUCUAUAUACAUCCAAGGCUAUUCGCUAGACGGAGAAUUACGCACUGAGUCUUUACCUAUGCAUUCCUCUCACUUGACACUAUCUACCUAAGGUAGGUUGCUGUGCCGUAGGAAUACAUGACCAUUUCUGCAUCGUUGGAUUCUUGCCGACUUCGAUGCAGCUAGCUGUCCUUCCCCGUACGAGUGGAAUCCAGGAUCCAUGGCAAUAUUCUAUAAUACCUAUACCAAAUUUAGAAGACAAGCGGCACAACGCCAUCUUUUAAUAGGUAGAUGUAUAGCAAUAUGGAGCCAAAAGCUAUUUAUUUCAGUAACUAUUCAGUACAGAUAUGGUUAAACGUAUCACGUCAGCUCCAACAUGCACGAUUUCUGAAUUGCAAAAUUCCAACAGUCCCGCUAUAGGCCUAUAUAUUCAAAGCGUAAGAGCGCGCGUGAAUGCACGCUUCUAAACAAAAUAUCAUAUCUCGACCUGUUAAUUCACAGCCAUCAUGGGUGGUGUUGCUUCUAUACCGACGGAUCCUUCGCGAAAGGUCCAAGUCAUCUCGGCAGGAUACUCGCGAACCGGGACCGUGUCCAUGUCCAUGGCCUUAGCAAAGCUAGUUGAUGGACCAGUACUCCACGGCGGGACACAGAUCUUAACACGCGAUGACGGUUAUUGUUCAACGUGGAUCAAAGCGUACGAGGCUAGGGAGGCUGGUGAUAAGGAACAGACCUUGAAGCUUGUUCGAAAAGCGACCGCCGGCUUUGCUGCAACUGCGGAUCUCCCGCCGUCGGACUUCAUUCCUGAAAUGGUGGAGCUGUAUCCGGAGGCGAAGGUCGUGUUAGUCCGUAGGGAUCCGGUCAAGUGGUGGAACAGCAUAGCAACUUUGACCAGUAGGACUACGCCAUGGUGGCUUGGCAUUGUAGUGGCACCCUUUCCUGGAUGGAGAUAUAUUCCGACAUUCGCAAGCGUGUACAGUCGAUCAACAUUACGACUUGCAGGCCUAGACACCAAAAAUGUCAGUCCAACGGAACUAAUCGAGAAGGGUGGCCCUCACAUUUUAGAAGCUCACCAUGAGAAAGUUAGAUCUAUUGUCCCUAAGGAACAGCUGCUAGAGAUGGAUCUGAGCGAGGGCUGGGAACCUCUUUGCCAAUUCUUAGGCGUGCCGGUUCCAGAUGAGCCAUUCCCUAAAUCUAACGACGGUCAAGCAGCGGAUGCGUACGCUACGAAAGUUCUGCUAAGAGUGUUACAAGUCUGGGCCGGUAUCUUCUCUGUCGCCGGUCUUGGCGUUUAUUCCGCAUCCCGCCUAUGGAAGCGAACGACGUUAUGAUAUCGUCUGAAAGUAAUGCCGAUGUAUUAUCGGAGUAUAUUCCCUUUCAUAUCAUCUACGACAAGCUUGGCAUAGUGAAGGACCAUGACCUUGGAGUGCAUAUGAAGACGGAUGUAUUUCACCAGUGGUACCAUAUUUAAAUGGCUCAUCCGGACACUUAAACAAGAAAUAUCACCUUCGAUUUUGAGACAUCAAUGUAAACCCCCACAUGAAAUACGUAAGAGCAGCCUGAAGUAGGUGCUGCGGG